UGGGAAUUCAGUUGUGGAGAGGAAAUCAAGGCUUUCAAAAACAUUAUCAGGAGACAAAAAUGAAGCCCCAUCUGCAUUGGAAUUUUCCAGUUUCUCAGUGUCAGGCAUUGAAUUGUCAUGGUUUGGCUCCCACUCGUUUUCUGCUUCAACGCUCAACAAGAAGACAUGGAAGUGCAGCACCACCUAGAAUUCACUUGGUUGGAAAGAAAUGCAUUUCCUGUGAGUUGGAGAAGGUCCUUCCGUUCUUUGCAGGAUCUCACUCUGUCACCCAGGCUGGAGUGCAGAGGUGUAAUCUUAGCUCAUUGGAGCCUCCACCUCCUGGGUUCAAGCAAUUCUCCAGCCUCAGCCUCCCAAGUAGCUGGGACUACAGCAAACCCCACCAUCUUCCUGGAGUCUGCGUUGUUCUCUUCCAGAAUAGAUGUUGAGCUUUUAAACAAACCUACAGUAGAAGCAAGCCCUCUCCAGGAAAUCCCAAUCUCUUUCCAAACAGGGACAGCAAAGGUUCUCUCUGUUGUGGCUGUUUUUCCCUCUCUUCUGGGAAUUGGUUUGCCUUCUGAGAGCAUCCCAGGAAGGGGAGGUGCGCCCCAAAUUGGCGAGGCUCUGCCAAAUACCAAAGGCUCUUCUUUGGAAGAAGACUCCUCCUUUGGACGUGAGGCGCCCCUACCAGAGCGCCCGCGUACAGAAACGGAAACCACUAGCUGCGCUGAAGUGAGUCAAGUGAUGAAAUCAAGACUACACGGGAAGGAAGCUCACGAAACCUAA